AUGGCUCCGAUAGUGACGACCGGGCCUGGAUAUGCCAUCUUCAACGACUUGCGGCAAAAGAUGGGUAUUUCUUCCUCACAACCUGUCCCUACCUCAAGCCGCGAUGUCAACGCCGGUGCCGGACCUUCCCCUAGUAGCCCAGAGCCCAUGUCCCGCUUUGCUAGCCCAGACAUGGAUGACGUAGCCGCAUCUCAGCAACUCAUGGACGAGGGCGCGCGCGCCCACCCCACGUAUGAUGCCACUCAACAGCUUCCGCAGUCCGACGCCGCUCACGACAAGCCCGCAUCUGCGCGGAAAAAGCGCAAGAAGACCAAAUUGAAGGCGACGCAGAAAGCCCCCGAGGCCUCAUUUGCGAACACGCGAGAUGCUGCUAGCCCACCCGCAAUUCCAUCAUCCUCGCCAUUUCCCUUCCCAGCAACCCAGCCAGAAGCUGAAGAGAUCACCGGCCCAGUGUCGGGAAGCCUUCAGAUGGUGCCGAGUACAUCACAAGCCUGGCCUGUAAUUGACGUGCCUGAUUCUCAGGUCGCUGCUAUUCCCGUCCGCGCACCCGCUUCGCCGCCGAAAUCGAGCUACACGGUGCCUUCCAGUGUCACGAAGACCAAGCGCACGUACAAGAAGCACAGGCAAUUGAAGAGAGAUGAGAUUGCUCAGGAUACGAUUUUCGGCGAGACUGUGGAACAACUCGCAGACACGAACACAGGCACAGAAGACCCAAUCUCCCCUUCGCACACGACUCCUCAGCGCAAACGUCCACGAACCAGGGAUACAGAUGGAGGAUCGCCAGGAGCUGUAGAUGCAACGCCUGCACCAGCUAAAAGGCGGAAGAUUGGUACACCCAAGUCGGCAACUACCCUCCAAGAUCUCAUACAAUCAAGCCCCAAUGAUGAUGCCGAUAUGCAGCAAACCAAAAAGACGAAACUGAAGCGAGUAAAGAAGCCACAUACGCCUAUUACAAAGAUCAAGGAUAUCUAUGAUAUCCCAGAUGGUGAAACAGAGCCUACCAACGGGGCUGGUGUAGCUCUUGCGUCAUCUGCGAAUAAUGGAUUUGGGCAGUCUGGAAAUGGAGAAGAAGGUGAUCAGGUACAAGUAGCUUCGACUCGCAAGAAGCGUAGUGAAAAGAAAAAGAAGACAACAACCAAUGGCGAUGUCUACGACUGGCAUGCCUCGGUGCGCCAACCCGGCCAACUACCGAAUGCAUUACUCAACAACAAACAAGACGAUGAUAUAUUGAUGCAAGAUCCCAUAUCUACCGAUGACGAGGACCCCCCAUAUGUUCCAGCUGAAGAGGAGGGAAAUGAAAAUGCACAAAAGAAGAAAAGCAAGGAAAAGGGGCUGGAGAAAGAGAAGGAGAGGAAGGAGAAGAAGAAGAGAGGGCGGAAGAAAAAGCAGAAAGAGGAAAGUGUAGCCGGCCCAAGUGUGAUGAAAAUUCGCAGAAACAAUGGCAGCAGUAUCAGUGAACUUUCGUCUGCUGAAAGGGCACUCAAUGCCUCUCGUGACCUUGGCCAUCCUCCGGAUCUGCGAACGAAUGGCGACUUCACCGAGGACGAAGAAGAGUUAAUUCGCCGAGCCAUUAUAGAUUUCCAACAGCGAAAAGGAUUGGACGUUUCUGAACUUGUUGAGAUUAUCCAAUGGAACCAGUAUGACCCCAGGUUUCACCGCGAUCCAGGAGUUAACCGGAACAAGAGUGAUUGGACACCCCAGGACCGCGAGGAUGAACGAGAGAGCACGGAAUUCUGGGACGAAAUCAAGAGCAUUGGAAUGACUCGGUCACAUGACAGAUUGAGGAGGCAUAUCCGUCAAUUAUAUCACCAAUUCAAGAGUGGUGCAUGGACAGAAGAGGAGGAUCAGCAACUUCGAAAUCUUCAGGCUGCGCAUCCAAACCAAUGGAAGCUCAUCUCUAUUACCAUGGGCGACCGUUCGAUGCACGACUGCGUGAACCGAUGGCGCGACUACUUACAGUACGGCGAACAACGAAAGACUUCUCGCUGGACUGAAGACGAAGAGAACCUUCUCAUCCGUGCUGUGACGACGGUUGCGCAAAGAGAUGAAGAUCACCGCGCCGAGACAGGAAGGCCACCAUUGGACACAUAUACCAACAAACACAUUAGCUGGCCUCAAGUUGCUCGCGAAAUGGGUAACUCUCGCAGCCGCAUUCAGGCCUCGGUCAAAUGGACUCAAUUGAUGAAGCGUGAUAAUCCACCGCAGAUUGAGAUAGAGUAUAAGCCUAGAGCAUCAACCGCAGCGUUGACUGAUGCGCCUACUAAGAAGAAACGCAGACAGAGUCGAAAACAGGACGCAGCGGAUAAGAAUGCGUACAGAUCGCAAGACAUUAUAGUCGACUCGGACGUGGAGGAAAGAGAAACCCCCGAGGAGGCCGAAGACAGACCAGAACUUGCGACAAGCAUUACAACGAGUAAGAAGCGUGGUCAGCCCGAGGAAUUGUCUGAUGAAUCUCAAGACCGGAAACCGGAAGAGGAUCUGGGUGCGGACAAGAGAUCAGCUUUUUCGCCGCCACCGGAGAAAGAGAAACGUGGACGAACACGGGAGAGCGAAGCGACGGAAGCUGAUAAGCCUAAGGAAGUUGACGAACCAAGCAUGGUGAGGGAUGCGUCAGCAGACAGGGAGGCAGAAGAAGAGCAUGUCAGUGGCGAGGUAAGCGAUUCACAUUCUAAGAAAAAGAAGAAGGAAAAGGAGAAGAGGAAGAAGAAGAAGAAGAAACGAUCGCGAAAAAGCGAGAUUGAGGAAGUUGACGAGGCCGAGGAAGGUCAAAGAGAGAAGGAGGAUGUAGGUGCGAGUUGUGAAGAAGAUGAACAUGGAAGCCAACAGGAUGAAGCUGAAGAAGCGCAAGUGCAAGAGGAGCAGGGGGAACAAGUAGAGGAGGAGCCGGAAGAGCAAGUGCAAGAGCAAGUGCAGGAGCAGGAGCAGGAGCAAACUGAAGCAGACGAAGAGAGCGAUGGUGAAGCACAAGUCAGUGAGCAGGGCUCAGCCGAAGCUAGAGACGAAUCGGUGGUUGAGUCGGCGGCUUUGUCGGGCGAGGAGGCGGAGGACGUGUCUGAGCCGUCGGCCGGACCGGGUGGUGUAGAUCAGAUGCUGUGGGGCGACAAGUACGAUCUCAUCUUCAAGCUUCAGGAUCGCAGGGACGAUUAUGAAGAAGAGAUUGACUGGGAAGAUGUGCGCAAAGACCAAGGGUACCCUUGGUCGACGGAGACACUCAAGGCAGCGCUACAUGGGCUGAUUCGGGUGAUUGGCGAGCGUGGGCGUGAAGUGGACGCAGAUGACUUUCCAGGGACGAUUGACGAUGUCAUGGAUUUCAUAAGCGAAGAGCAUGGUGCUGAGCUUGAGGAGCACUACCAAGCCGCGUGA